AUGCAGGCGUACGCUUCUAGUGGCAGUGACCCAAAACUUGGAAGCCAUGGAAAUCUGCUGAGUUGUUCUUCACCGUGUAAGCUCCAUAUCCUUGUCUCUCCUUGGAGUUCUAGGAUUUUUCUAGGGUUUAACUCACACACUCGCAACUCCUUUUCGAAAAGAAAUAACUGCUCUUUACCGUCUACACCUUUAGUUGCUGACGAUAUUUUGAACAAAAUUGUGGAAACCCCACAAGCCCAGAAAAAAACUCAUAGUCCAAGUAAGCUUCAGAGUUCUUCCAAUAAUCUGACUUUACCCAAAAAGACUUCAAUUGAUGGUAAAAAAAAGAGAUAUGGUGGAAUUUUACCUUCGAUUUUACGGUCUUUAGCGUCUGAAAAUGAUGUUGAAAAGACAUUGGGUUUAUAUUAUGGUAAGCUGACUCCCAAAGAGCAGACUGUAAUUCUCAAAGAGCAGAAUAGCUGGGAGAAGGUUUUGAGGAUUUUUGAGUGGUUCAAGUCACAGAAAGAAUAUGUUCCUAAUGUGAUACACUACAAUGUUGUGCUUCGAGCCCUAGGUAGGGCUCAGAAAUGGGAUGAAUUGAGGCUUUGCUGGAUUGAAAUGGCUAAAAAUGGAGUCUUGCCGACAAAUAACACUUAUGGGAUGCUCGUUGAUGUGUAUGGCAAAGCGGGGCUGGUGAAGGAGUCACUUUUGUGGAUUAAACAUAUGAAGUUGAGGGGUAUUUUCCCGGAUGAGGUCACAAUGAAUACAGUUGUUAGGGUGUUGAAGGAUGCAGGGGAAUACAAUAGGGCAGAUAGGUUUUAUAAGGAUUGGUGCAAUGGUAGGGUUGAAUUGGGUGAUCUUGAUUUGGAUAUCAUAGGCGAUUCUAAUACUAUUAGUUUGAAGCAGUUUUUGUUGACUGAGCUUUUUAGAACGGGUGGGAGGAACAAUUUUUCUACGCUGGGUGGUACAUCAGAUGUGGAAAAAUCUGUCAAAAAACCACGACUUACUGCUACUUAUAAUACUUUGAUUGAUUUGUAUGGAAAGGCAGGUCGUUUGAAGGAUGCUUCAGAUGUCUUUGCGGAUAUGUUAAAGUCUGGGGUGAUGCCGGAUACAUUUACUUUCAACACCAUGAUCUUCAUCUGUGGUAGUCAUGGUUACUUGUCCGAGGCUGAAGAAUUGCUCAACAAAAUGGAGGAAAGGGGAAUUUCUCCUGAUACAAAGACUUACAACAUUUUUCUAUCCCUCUAUGCUGAUGUGGGGAACAUAGAUGCAGCUCUUCUGUGCUAUAGGAAGAUUAGGGAGGUGGGUCUUUUUCCUGAUGAGGUAACCCAUAGGGCUGUUCUCCAGAUAUUGUGCGAUAGAAAUAUGAUUCAGGAGGUGGAAGCUGUGAUUGAGGAAAUGGAGAACUUGGAGAUGAAAAUUGAUCAAAAUUCUCUUCCUGUACUUAUUAAAAUGUAUGUCAACGAAGGAUUGACUGAGCGGGCUAAGUUCCUAUUUGAGAAGUGUCAAGCCAAUGGUUGGCUGUUAUCGCGGACGUUUGCUGCUAUAAUAGAUGUAUAUGCUGAGAAAGGACUUUGGGCUGAAGCAGAGGCUGUGUUCUACUCCAAGAGAGGUGGUUAUGGACAGAAAAGGGAAGUCUUGGAGUAUAAUGUCAUGAUCAAAGCUUAUGGUAAGGCAAAGCUUUAUGACAAAGCUUUCUUACUCUUCAAGGGCAUGAGAACUCAUGGGACAUGGCCAGAUGAGUGCACAUACAAUUCCCUGAUCCAAAUGUUUGCUGGCGGUGAUUUAGUGGACAAAGCAAGAGACCUCUUUGUUGAAAUGCAGAAAGCAGGAUUUACACCUUCAUGUCCAUCCUUCUCUGCUGUUAUUGCUCGGUAUGUUCACAUGGAAAGGCUUUCUGAUGCAGUCAGUGUGUACCAAGAAAUGUUACAAGCAGAUGUAAAACCAAACGAAGUUGUUUAUGGAUCGUUAAUUGAUGGCUUUGCAGAAGCUGGCAAAUUUGAAGAAGCUAUUCACUACUUCCAUGUGAUGGAAGAGUCUGGUAUAUCAGUAAACCAAGUUGUUUUAACUUCUAUGAUCAAGGCUUAUGGUAAAAUUGGGUCUGUGGAAGGAGCAAAACAAUUGUAUGAGAAGAUAAAGAAGUUGAAUGGGGGUCCUGAUAUUGUGGCAUCGAACAGCAUGCUCAGUCUAUGUGCAGAGUUAGGAAUGGUGUCCGAAGCAAAAAUGAUAUAUGAUCAUUUGAAAGAGAAAAAUUGGGCAGAUGGAGUUACAUUUGCAACCAUGAUGUAUGUAUAUAAAAACAUGGGUAUGCUUGACGAAGCUAUUGAAGUUGCGGAGGAGAUGAAACAGUCACAUUUAGUUAGGGACUGCGUAACAUUUAAUAAAGUGAUGGCAUGCUACGCUACAAAUGGGCAACUAGUCGAGUGUGGUGAGUUGCUGCAUGAAAUGGUAGUGAAUCUGAAGCUUUUGCCUGACGGGGGGACGUUCAAAAUACUAUUUACCAUAUUAAAGAAAGGAGGUGCCCCAGCUGAAGCAGUAAGGCAGCUUGAGUCGUCUUACCAAGAAGGAAGACCUUAUGCCAGGCAAGCUGUGAUAACCUCUGUUUUUUCGGUAGUGGGUUUGCAUACAUAUGCCUUGGAAUCUUGUGAAAUCUUUGAGAAAACAGAUUUGGAUUUUGAUUCCUUUGCUUAUAAUGCUGCAAUACAUGCAUAUGGGGCUUUGGGGAAAACUGACGAGGCAUUGAACAUGUUUAUGCGAAUGCAAGAUGAGGGAUUAGAACCUGAUAUUGUUACCUUCAUUUAUCUUGUUGGUUGUUAUGGAAAAGCUGGCAUGGUUGAAGGCGUGAAGAGGAUCUCUAGCCAAUUAAAAUAUGGAGCUAUUGAACCUAAUGAAUCCUUGUACCAGGCGGUGAUAGAUGCAUAUAAAGUAGCCAACAGGCAUGACCUUGCUGAAUUGGUUCAUCAAGAAAUGAGAUUCGCUUCUGAUGAGCAACAAUUUACGGAUUCUGGAAGUGAAAGUGAAAGUGAAAAUGACCCAGAGGAAUCUUAUACUGAGAUUCUGAUGGUAUGGUACCAAAUGCUGACUGCCCUUUUUAGUGUCCUGGUUUUGUAUUACCUGAGGGUCCAGAAGUUCACUGUCACUACCAAUAGUGGAACUGGAGUAUGA